AUGUCUUCGUCUUCAUCUCCCGCUCAAACAAAGAGGUGUCAGUAUUGUGGAGCUGCAAUGGCGCUUCGGGUUUCAAAAUCAGAUAAAAAUCGAGGGAAGCCAUUUUGGAAGUGUCUAACCUCCUAUGGAGCCACCAGUUGCAAUGGAUUCGAAUGGGUUGAUGUAACCUCCGCUGAAGCAGAUCAGCAAGCUGACACGUAUGAUGCUACAGUGCUUAAUAUGCUGAAGUCCAUUAAGGACUUGGGUAUAGUGUCGGAGAUGGAUAAGUCAUGGAUGCACUCGGAUAGAAGAUCGAAGGCAUAUGAGUUAGGGGUGGAAGCAUUUUUGAACUUUUCUGUAGAAAAUCUUCUAACUACCACACAUAUCCGUUGUCCAUGUGUUAAAUGUGUUAAUUUGAAAUUGUUUGGGGUUGGAAUUAUAAGGGAUCACUUAUACUUUAAUGGAGUUGACCAAAGCUAUAAGAAUUGGACAUUUCACGGAGAACCUUGGGAAGCAGCUACUAAUGCUAGUAGAAAUGUUGAAGAAGAUGAUGACCAUAGUAGGUACAGUUUUGUGUCUGAAGAAAUAGAGAUGGAUGAUAAUGAUUUUGGUGAUUUUGGAUCUGAUCCUUAUGAGUUUGCCAAUGUGAUUGGGGAUGGAGAUCAACCAUUGUACCCUGGUUGUAGAAAGUACACGAAGUUAUCGGCAUUAGUGAAGUUGUAUAAUUUGAAGGCAAAAUAUGGGAUGAGUGAUGUCUGUUUUACAGAAUUAUUGAUACUUCAAGGCGAUUUGCUUCCAGACGGAAAUACAAUACCGGCCUCUAUGUAUGAGGCAAAAAAGACUUUGUGUGCAUUGGGGCUGAGUUAUGAGAAAAUGCACGCAUGCCCCAAUGAUUGCAUCUUGUAUAGGAAGGAGUAUGAGGAUUUAACUCAUUGUCCUAAUUGUGGUAUCUCAAGGUGGAAGGAAGGCAAAGAUUCAAUCUUGAAAGAGGGUGUGCCAGCGAAGGUGGUGUGGUAUUUUCCUCCAAUUCCAAGGUUUAAAAGGAUGUUUCGAUCACAUGAGACCGCUAAGAGUUUGACUUGGCAUGCUGCUAGAAAAUCAAUUGACGGUUAUAUGUCUCAUCCAGCGGAUUCCCCGUCUUGGAAACUUCUUGAUGAUAAAUGGCCCGAGUUUGGUAAUGAGCCGAGAAACUUGAGAUUGGCUCUUUCAUCUGAUGGAUUCAAUCCCCACAGUUCUCUAAGUAGCAGAUAUAGUUGCUGGCCAGUUAUCUUAGUUACAUAUAAUCUCCCUCCAUGGCUGUGCAUGAAACGAAAGUUCAUGAUGUUGACCUUAUUGAUUUCCGGUCCUAAACAGCCCGGAAAUGAUAUAGACGUCUACUUGGAGCCUUUGAUUGAUGAUUUAAAAUCUUUGUGGGAUGGGAUUGGAGGAGUGUAUGAUGCACAUAAUGGAGAAUACUUUACACUCAGAGCUGCAUUAAUGUGGACAAUUAAUGAUUUCCCCGCCUAUGGAAACUUAUCUGGUUGUGUUGUUAAAGGAUAUAAAGCUUGUCCAAUAUGCGGCGAUGAUACACCUAGUCACAGGUUGAAAAAUGGCCACAAAAUUUGUUACAUUGGGCAUAGAAAAUGGUUACCGAUCAAUCAUCCAUAUAGGAGGCAACGUGCAGCUUUUAAUGGGAAACCUGAAUAUGGCACGCCUCCUGAGCCAUUAACCGGAGAAGAAGUGCUGCAUAUGGUUGAAGAUGGUGACAGAGUUUGUUGGAAGAAGAAAUCAAUAUUCUUUGAUCUCGAGUAUUGGAAAUACCUUCCUGUGAGGCAUGUCCUAGAUGUUAUGCACAUUGAGAAGAACGUUUGCGAUAGUAUCAUUGGUACAUUGCUGGAGAUCCCUGGAAAAAAUAAAGAUGGGAUUGCUGCUCGAUUAGAUUUAUUGAACAUGGGGGUCAAAACUGAUUUGCAACCCGAGUAUGGAGAAAGACGUACUCGUUUGCCUCCCGGGCCUUGGAAUUUGUCAAGAGCAGAGAAGAGAGAGGUUUGCAAUUCUUUCUAUGGUAUGAAGGUCCCUGAAGGUUAUUCUUCAAAUAUAAAAAAUCUUGUAUCUUUACAAGAUUCAAGACUUCUUGGCCUUAAAUCACAUGAUUGUCAUACCUUAAUGCAACAAUUGCUCCCUGUGGCAAUUCGUUCUGUUUUGGAGAAGCCUGCAAGAUAUAUGAAAGUGCUAAAGGGGUAUGUUCAGAAUCGUACUCGUCCCGAAGGUUGCAUUGCUGAGCGGUAUAUAGCUGAAGAAGCUGUAGAGUUUUGUACCGAGCAUUUAUCUGAUGUUAGUACAGUUGGAGUGCCUUCAAGCCAAAAGAUGGGAGUUUCAAAGCCAUUAUCAGGUUGCACAGUGAGCGUAGUUGAUCGGGACCUGUUGAACCAAGCACAUCUAUAUGUCUUGGAGAAUACGGAGGAAGUCCUACCUUAUAUCGAGCAACAUAUGAUCCACAUCCAGACCGCUUAUCCAAAAUUUAGAAAGAGAACAAAGUGGCUGCAGGAUAAGCACAAUAGCACUUUCAUUCAAUGGCUACGCUUCAAGGUUCAAAGUGAACUUAAUGAGGAAGACAAUCAUGGCGUAUCAGAAAAUUUAAGGUGGCUAGCAGCUGGUCCAAACAUGGCAGUGCCAUUAUAUAGGAGCUAUCUCAUUAAAGGUAUUAAAUUCAACAUCAAGGCACAAGAUGAUGUGCGGACAACUCAAAAUAGUGGAGUUUAUUUACUUGCACAUACUAUGCAAGUUGCUAGUGCCAAGGAUAAAAACCCAAUUCUCUCAAAUAUGGGUUUCUAUGGUGUCAUUCAAGAAAUUUGGGACCUUGACUACCAAAAGUUUACAAUCCCAGUCUUUAGGUGUGAUUGGAUUGAUAAUACUUCUGGUCUUGUAGUGGACGAACUUGGAUUUACCCUUGUAGAUUUGAGUAAAAUUGGACAUAGGAAUGACCAAUUUGUUUUGGCUUCUCAAGUCAAACAAGUAUUUUUUGUUGACGACCCGAUGCAUCGUGGUUGGUCGGUAGUGUUAUCAAUGCCUAAUAGAGAAUAUAAUGAUGUUAUUGGUGAUGAUGUCUUAGGUGAUGUGAGAAUUGAGUGUGAGCCAUUUACUAGGGGGAUGCCAAAUGUUGACACAUUUGAUGAAGUGGUGGUUGAGUUAGGGAGUCAAAAUAUUCGAGAUGGGUGUGAAGAUAUAUGGGUUGAAUGA